AUGAGAUUUGAACCUGACAUGCUCGCUUUUUCUGGGUGCUAUUAUGGUGGUGGAGAAAAGGAGAGGAGAGAAUUAGCUGCAAUUCGCAAACGAUGGAGAACCUUGCAUAUACGUGAUCCGGAGAAAGGAAGAAGGCAAGGUAGGUGUCCACUAACUCCUGAGGAGGUAGGGUCGAUGUUGAGGGCAUUAGGCUACAGAAGUGAUGUGCACAUUUAUGUUGCUUCUGGUGAGAUAUAUGGAGGCGAAGAUACUUUAGCAUCCCUCAAAGCACUGUUUCCUAAUUUCCAUACAAAAGAAACGCUGUCAAGCCAAGAGGAGCUUGCUCCAUUCCUGCAGUUCUCAUCUCGCAUGGCUGCAAUCGAUUUCAUUGUCUGUGAUGACAGUGAUGCUUUUGUGGAUAACAACAUUGGUAACAAGGCCAAAAUUCUGGCUGGGCAAAGGAGAUAUUUUGGCCACAAGAGAACAAUCCGGCCAAAUGCUAAACAGCUCUAUCCCUUAUUCAUGAAGAGGGGAAAUAUGUCUUGGGAUGCAUUUGCCUCACAGGUGCGAACAGUCCAGAAAGGAUAUAUGGGAGAGCCCAUGGAAAUCACACUAGGAAGGGGUGAAUUUCUUGCCAACCCUGCGGCCUGUAUAUGUGAAAAGACCGGCAGAAACUCAGUAGUAGUCAAGUCCAUUUCUGGAAGUAGCCAGGAACCUGUAACUGACACCGGAAUAAGGAAAGCCAUUGGCAUUGGUAGUGGUAGGCCGCCAUAUCCUGUUUAUACUGACGAAGAGGCAGAUGGAUCUGAUACAGAGGAAGAUCCGGAUAGCAGCGGGAGAGGAGAGGUGAUUGACACUGAACCUGACGAUGAUUCUGUGAUCAGACAAGAGGAUCCUGAGCUAGAGGAGAUCCUGUCGGAUUAG